AUGUCGCCAUCAUCAACAUCUUCUCGGAGCAACCAUCCAAACAUGUCGACAACGACCACCUUCAAUUCCUCUCCUUCCUCUCAAAUUCCUCUCUAUCAGAAUAGAAACAUCCAUCUUCUUCUCAAUUACAAUGACACUUCUCCCAAUAAUAACAAUAAUAAUCAAAAUAGUAAUAACAACACCAACAACAACAACAACAAUGGAAGCAUCAACAAUCUGUCGUUUUUAGAACUCAUUUCAAAUGCCUCUCCGUUGAGUGUCAUUAUGGACGAUUUGGAAUCCAUCUUGUCUCCCUCCUCACGCCUUGGUGAUGUUUCAAAUUCUCACCAUGAUGACCAUGACAUGGAACAACAGCAACAACAUGACCAUCAUCACAUGGGAUCUGAAACAAUAACGAUGGACUAUUCUUCAGAAAAUCCUCAUGCAUCACCCUCCUCACGACGAAAAACAGCGACUGGCACCUCGGAAUUGUUUCAACAGCAAGUAUUUUCUUCGUCUCCACAUCAUCAUCAUCAUCGAAUGAGUACAUCAGCCAUGUCAUCAUCUCCAUUGAGCGUGAGUUCACAAAAUUUAGUACUGAACUCGAGUCAUUAUAAUUUGGAAGCUCUGUUGACAACAUCAACGACAAAUACAAUGAAUAUUAACAACAAGAACAACACCUCUCCAAGUCCUUCGCCGAGAAAGAAAGGUACUCGAAGAAGAUCAUCAAUGCCUGCACAUGAAAUUGCAAAUUUACAAAAUGAAAUUGCGGAAUUUGAUCGUAAAAAUGAUCAAUGUAGAGAUAGUUUUGCAGAUGUCAACAAUAAUCGCAGCUUUAAUACUCACAAAAAUUGUUUGAGUACGCCCUCGAAAAAUUCCAUUGCUGAAGAAGUUGAUUUGACAAGUGACAAAGUUCCCAAUGUUUUGACAGAGGAUAUUCGACUACUUAUUGGAAAGAGCAAACUACAUCAUAGACAACCACAUUCUAACCUAGAAGAAUUAUAUUCAAGUGAAAAUAUCUCAACUAUUGAUAUUAAUUCAAAACAACCAUCACCCUUCCCACCGAAAAAAGGUCAUGUCAGAAGUCAAAGUAGUCACUAUCUCAAUAAUACUGCUGGCAUCAGUCAUUCAACAGGUGCUCUCUCUAAAAGAGUAAGCCUGAAAGGAGUCGGAGAAAAUUUAACAUUAGUGGCAUCUCACGAAAAUGAUGAAGAGACCCUCAAUAUGGAUCGAUCAAUACACACCAAGUCAGCUGUCACUCCUCCUGGUCUCUCCUCUCAAUCUUCAGAUACGUUGUUUUUUAAUACAGAAAGUCCAUCACCAACCAGCAGCACCGAUGGAGUGGGCAAUAACAAUUCGAGCUCUUUUUCUGAUUUUGCGUCAGGAAAUACGAAACGACGAAGAUCAUUUUUGCGUGACAAAUCCUUUCAAACAUCGCUUACUAAUUCCAACAAUGCUUCAUCUCAAUUACGAAAAAAGAAUUUGCUUAGCAACAGUUCACAACAACUCAUGAAUAGCUUGGGAUGGUGGGAACGUUUUGAUAUCAUGCCUCAAAUUUUAUCAUUCAUUUCCAGAAGUGAGCAGAGAUGUGUGUUAAGGUGGGUCUGUAAACGAUGGGCCCUCAUUGUGAUUGAUGCCGAUUAUGAUGCUCAAAUUGUUUUCAGCACUUCACCGUCGAGUAAUUCCUCUUCUCCGAUUGGCUCAAAUUCUUCAUUGAGGAGAAUGACCUCGACUCAGGCUUUUUCAAGAAAAGGAUCGAGUAGUGCUUUUAACUUGUCAAAAGUAGCAUUAAUUCAUCAUUCGAUCGCUAGAGAAUUUUGUGGAAAAGAUCAAUGUGGAUCUGGUUUUCUGUAUCGAUUUUGUGACCUCAUCCAGAAUCGAAUUAAUCGACAGGAAAAGGUUGUGCCACAAUUAUUGAACGACUCACAAAAACAAGAAUGGAAUUCUCAUAUUCAGUACAAUGUGUGGAGUGAAGAACAUUGGAAAGCGAUGAAUGAUUUGAGAAAAAAGCGUGCAUUAACCAUUUCAUCCUCGAAUUUUGCUGCCAAACAACAACCCGAAAAACGUCCAAGCAAGUUUUCCUUUUUCUCCAAAGUUCCUAUUAAUGAAAUGCUAGAAGGAACGCCUCAAACAUCACAACCACCUCUAUCCACUGGAUUCUCUGUCAAUGGAAAUUCGCAUAGUAUAGAUGACAUGCUCAAUUCGUUUCCUUAUUUUAUCAAAAUGAGUUCCAAAGAAACGAAGGAUAUUUCCUAUGUGGAGGAGCUCAUUCGAAACAAAUUUCACACCGAUUCCAAUUUUUAUUUACAAUUUUUCUUUGUGGUAUGCCAACAACCACACAUUUUCAAUGAGCUCUGUAAACUUGGAAAUGCCAAUUUUCAUUUGGCAAAAGAAAAUAAGCAACCACUGUACAACGCAACCAUGGAACAAAUUUUAGAAACCUUCAUUGCUAAUCAUGCGGUUGCGAAAAUGUCACCGGAAAUGCUCCUCUACAAAUUAUUUGAAAGAAUAUUCACACUGGAUAUUGAAAAUCAUUCAAAAUUUUGGUUGAAAUGCUUUCCCAGCAUUUCUUCAAGCGCUAUUUGCACACUUGCUGAAAUUAGCACCGAAUGCAAACAUGACAUUUUCAAACAGUUUUUGUUCGAAGUUGAAAUUUUGUUAGACAUUUUUUACAUUUGGAUUAAGGACUUUGGGCUCAGAAGAGAGUCUGUCAUUGAUUUGUACGACAAAAAUUUCACACCGUGCUCUUUUCUCCAAAUUGAGCUUGUUGAAUAUUUUGCAUCAUAUGCCAUAUGUCAUUGUAGCUUUUCCAAUAACGAGGCAAUUAUUCACAAAAAGUGUUUGAAAAUUUUCAAGCUUAUUGACCAUGUGAGAGAAUCACUCGAUUUUGAAAGUUAUCCUGUGCUCGACCUAUUGGUGUUAAAGAGAAAUUCAUGGAGCGACUCUACCUUCGACAAUAAUAGCAGCUCCACCUCCACUGAAAAUCCACUCAUAGCUGCAACGAAACAAUCCAAAUGCAUUCUCAUUCCAGAAAACUCACAACAACCAUUGGCAAUGUCGUUGUGUUCCAUCGAAGAUUUAGUCACUCAUCAAUUCAUAUUAAUGGAUUACUUGUUUAGGCAUGUGAGUUUUUAUGAAGUACGCACUCUCGCCUAUAAGGCAAAUAAUGCUCAAAGUUUGGACCCUUCUCAAAUUCAAGAAAUGGCCAUCAAAAAGUUAGUCUUGAUUUUCAAUAAUUUGAGCAAUUAUCUGACAAGUAUGUGUUUAAUGGAAGAAUCAUUGGAAAGACGGUCUCAAAUUCUUGAGAGAAUUCAACAAUGUAAAGCAUUGAGUUUUCACAUGAAUGAUUUUAGUACAACAUUAAUAUGUGACUCUGCCACGAAUUCAUCAGCGCUCAACAACAACAAAUUUACCAUUGCCAGAUCUCAAGAAUUGAUGGGAAAAGAGUUAUGCAAUCUUGUGACGUCCAUUUCUGAAAAAUGUAGCAUUAAGGGUUUGCGACAAGAAGCGCUUGCCAAAGAAUCGGAAUUAUUUAUUCCUAAUUUAGGAGCAUUUCUCACAGAAAUAUCAUUUAUUGGAGAAUACAAUCAAGAUUUAAUCAUAACACCAAAGUAUGGAGCUACCUAUAAUUGUCACAAAUUCCAUCUCAUGACUCAAACCAUGAAAAGAGUCACUUCAAGAAGAAUGAGAAAACCAUCUCUCCACGUCUCACCUGUCUCUCAAUUACCCGAAAAAACUAGGAAUUUAAUUUUGAAACGAAAAUUCAGCGAAAAAAUCAAAGCCAAGCUCAAACUCAUUCCUCAACAACAUUCACAGCAACAACCAUCCUCUCCGAACUCUCCACUCAAUUAUACCUCUUAUAAUUCGAUUCAAAACAUUAAGGUGAACACACAAAUUCUUGAAUUUUUAGCAUUUCUUUUGUUUCAAUGGAAACAAGUGGAUGAUAAAUCAUUGCAUGAAUUGGCUUUGAGAAAUGAACCAAGAAAAGCAAAGAAGGAGCAAAUAAAGCCAUGA